AUGUCUAAAGUGUUCAAUCCAAUACAGGCUAAGGAAUUUAAACAAUGAUAUUCUCACGCUGACUUAGAAAUAGCGCAUAUUUAAAGUGGAAGAUGCGUUUGAGCGCUAGUUUUGUUUUUAUUUGCUGAGAAUAACGAGGUGAGUAAACAUUUAAACACCGGCUGUCGUGCUAAAAUUCAUAAUAACCGUCAUUAUGAAUAACUUUAUGACUAAAGUGGUUAAUUUCCCUGCUUUUGCAGUUCUUGCUCUUUGGCAGGGAAACGAAAACGCUCAUUUCCCUUGUGCCUUGAACGCAGCACUCUUGAGGCGUGAAACUGAAAGUAGCUGUCAUUUAGUGGUCAGAUGUCACGCCGCCGUAAACAAAAAGGCACGCCCGCCAACAAACCUUCACAUCAGCUGCGGUACCAUGGGUUAUUUAAUCAGGGAGCAACCUGUUACCUAAACAGCGUGCUGCAGGUUCUGUUCAUGACCGAGGAGUUCAAGAGGGCAGUGGAGGGGUUUGUUUCAUUACCAGUGUCAUUUAUUCUUAUUCAGAUAAUACAGAUGAUAUAUUUUCAUAAUUUACCAACCAUAUGCUUACAUGUUUACAUCAGGCCAACAACCACAAACUGUAAAUCUGAAUGUAUUGACCAGAAGCUGAAGACUCUCUUUAAAAUUUUAAAGAAGGAAACAGCAAGAACUCACGCCAUCACAACUCACCUGGGAAUCAUUAAAGCCAAAGGUGAAGAUGAAGAGUUGUAUUUUUUCCCCAUUAUAAUGGAAGUUACUGAACAAUGUGACGCUGCCGAGUGCUUUGAGAAGAUUUUAAGUCACACCAGCCCAGAGGCGUCACAGAUAUUUCAAGGAGAAGUGAUAAACCACAAUAAAUGCUCCCUCUGCCAAACCAAAACAGAGAGCAGCAACACAUUUUGGAGUAUACCUCUCACUCUGGCAGAUUCAGAGAGCGAUGCCUGUUGUGUGAUGAAUGGAAUUCAAAGUUACUUUCAUGAAUCCCACAUGGGUGGCGAGGACCGGCUGUACUGUAACCAGUGCAAAAGCAAAGCUGAUGCCACCAUAAAACUAGAGAUGAAACAUCCUCCAGAGGUGCUGACACUGCUGCUGAAAAGAUUUAAGUUUGAUUACCAUGUCAAGAAAUGUGUUAAAAUUCAAAGCAAAGUACAAAUUCCCAGUAGCCUCCAGAUACCACCUAAUGAGAUUCAGAGUCUGACCUAUGAGCUUUAUGCCUAUGUGGAUCACUUUGGUGAGCUGAGACAUGGACAUUACACCGUCACAAUCAAGUCCCAGGAAGACAAGAAGUGGUACCACUUUGAUGACACCCUCGUCAAAUUGGGGGAUUUCCAAGAACAAUCUCAAAAUGUUUAUCUGGCGUUCUACAGAAAAGCUUCUGCUAUGGAUGCCCCAGCAGAAAACGUCUCUGAAGUGCCAACUUCAAAAGCUGGCCAGCAAAAUAUGAGUGAAAACAAUGUGAAGUGGGAUUGUGGUGCACAGCCCAAAGGACAGAAGGAUGUGCAGAAGGCAGAGGAGAAUAAAGGGGAAGUGGGAAACGGGUUAGCUGUCCCAUUGAGCAAAGAUAACAGCGGGGUUAGAGCUGAUAAUGACAGUGGAGGGUCAGUGAGUCAUGAGAAGUCUCACAGUCGACAAGAUUUGUCAAAAAACAACCAACACUUACCUGUUCAGGUUCUAAAUGAUUCAAAACCAGAAACUGGUGGACACAGCAGCUUUAAACAAGAAGGCAUACCAAAACAAAAUGGCCUUGAACCAACUCGGAGCAAUAAACAAAUUACAAAUCAACAUAAUAGAGUUGGUGGGAAUCAACAGCACCAUCAAGGUUUUCAGUCAAACAGCAAACGUGAUGAGGAUGCCACAAUAAGUAGCAGUCAGCCGCAAAAGUCUUCUAUGAAAAACAGCAAGAAAGAGAAAAGGAGCGAUUGUAAAAGCAGUCGAACCACAGAAAGGCCAGAAAACCCGUGUGGUGAGAGUAACGCGGGUCAGGACUCUCAGCACUUUAACAAUGUUCCUCAAAACAAGGUUAAGCAAAAUUUGCUGAAGAUUAAUAAAUGUGAACAAGCUGUAUCUAAAAGAUGUGAGCAACAAAAAGCGGAUAAAAGAAAAGUUCCAAAUGAAAACAGAACAGAUGAUGAACAUCUGAAAAAGGGUGAACCAUCCGUAAAACGGAAAUGUAAUCUUUUAGGACAGUCAGAUAUUUCCCUCACAAUUCAAAGUUCACAGUUAAAAAGCAGUAGUAAUACCGUUCCUUGGACUAAAGAGGCUAAAAUGCACAUUCUUCAGACUAACUGGCUCAAUAAAAGUGAAGAGGAGCUUCAAAGGAGCAAGCAAAAUGUUGGAAUGGGGAGCGAAAGAGAGAACGAAGAAUCCAAUCCACAUUUUUACACAGGGUCGAAUGAGGAGCAAAAAGGAAACGAGUGUUAUAAGAAUGAUGACAAACAUGAGCAAAAGUUAGAAAAUCCCUGCUGUACAGGUGGAACGAUCCAAAAAACUUUUCAACUUGAAAUGGAAACCAACAGACCACAGAGUGAGCUGGGCCGAGAAAAGCACAUGACUUUGACUCAAGGAACAGAAGUAACUUUAAAGUCCGAAGCACAGUCCGAUCCAAAUAUAGAUGAGGUUCAGUCAAUGUUCAGCAAACUAACUGUGAAAGAUUCAUCAGAGCCAGAGGGAUACGGUGCUGACAACACUGGUGGAAACAAAGACCGUUGUUCUGGGAAACCUGGUUUAACAGAGACACAUCUGGAGAAAAUGACGCAAGACUCGGUGAAGGCAGGUGACAAAAAAGAGGGGUCUGGUGGAAAAAAGAGAACAAACAAAAUGAAGGGAACGGUUUUUAUGGUGGCAGGUCUUAAUGUGCCAAAAAGAUAAAACCUGCAACGUUUCUGAUCAGCUUACCACAUAUGAUUGUUCUGUAACAUCAUGAAGCCUGUUCUUUCAUUAUUUUAGACACGCCCCUACCUUUGUGUUAGCAGAAACAAUCUUAAAUUUAAACCUAUAGAUAGAUUGAAAGCUCAUGUUCAUUUUAACUAAAUAAAUAAUGGUUUCAUUUUCCAUUUAGUGUUUAAUAAAAUCUUUAUAACUGUUUGAAAGGGAACUGAUUCUGAUCAUUUGAUACAGAGUAUUAAUUUCUCUUCACACUAACAACAUCUUUAAACAACAUUUAUUUUCUAAUCUCUCAUUUGUUUAGCUCAGGUGUGACCUGACGUUAGCUUAUGCUGAUUUUAUAUGUAUUUUUAUACCUUGUACUGCACUUUUGGUCACCUGAAAACAUUUUUUUUAUGUUUUAAUGGAAUAAACUUUGAUUUGACUCUA